AUGGAACUUCAGUGUGUCUUUAAGGGACGGCCUCGUCCUCGUGUUGCGUGGUACAAUGUAGAUAGUAAACUAAUCAUCAACGGAUCUGAAAGCUUUUAUCUCUACGAGCAGCUGUUUGGAGAGGACAUCUUAUCUUCUGUUCUUCGAAAUCCUAAUAUCCAAGAAAAACAGGCAGGGGCUUAUAAAUGCACAGGAAUGAACAACAUUACUGGAUGGUCGAGUGAAAACACUGGGAUAAUUGAAAUACGUUAUCGUUGUAAGUGAUCUGAUUACUUUAAAUAAAGCCACUAAUUAACCGGGGCGAGUAAAACUCUUACGACCCCUUUUUUCAAUCAGAGCCAGGUUGUUCAAAACCACCGGGUUAGAGCAAAAUUUGAUUUCAGAUGUUAAAGUUUAGACAGCAAAGUCAGUUUAAUUUUUUUUUCUACAAUUUGAUGAAUGGAUGCUUAAAAAACUAGGGAAACCUUAUCUAUGAAAGUGCUUUUAAACAGAAGAAAUAUUAGCCGUUGGCACUAAUCGGCCCUCGAACAACUAGAUCCAGGUUUAUAAAUGGGUACCAGAAACAUAACGUUGGGGUUGUCCUGUUGCAAUGAACAGAAUGGAAUGGAAUUAAUGAUGGGUGCUUCAUGUUUUAAAAACAAGCCUCUGACCUCCACGAACACGAGACGUCCAGAGUGAAAUGUUUCAUAAAGGAUACGCCAGUCGGUCACCUGAGGCAGAUGUAUCCUAGCUACAUCAAUGAUAUACUUGCCAAAUAAUAUUACGUGUUCUAGAUAAGAGCGAUUGUCCGGCCAGAUACGAAAAACCACUAAACAAAACUACCCUUAAAAAGUAACAAAAAAAUGUGAGGAAACUAUUCCCCUAG